AUGUACAUUUUUGGACUCCAAGGUGAUCCCGGGCCGGGCCAUGGCCUCUCCUGCCGGCAGCCCCCGGCUCCUGGAGCCUGGAGGGGCCCUCGGGCUCCCCGGCAGCCCCGGGGGAGGGCGCUGAGCCCCGACGAGCUGCAGCUGCUGGCCAAGCUGGAGGAGCAGAACCGGCUGCUGGAGGCCGACUCCAAGUCGAUGCGCUCGGUGAACGGCUCGCGGCGCAACAGCGGCUCCUCGCUGGUGUCCAGCUCCUCGGCCUCGUCCAACCUCAGCCACCUGGAGGAGGACACCUGGAUCCUCUGGGGCCGCAUCGUCAACGAGUGGGACGAGUGGAGGAAGAAGAAGGAGAAGCUGCUCAAGGAGCUGAUCCGCAAGGGGAUCCCGCAGCACUUCCGGGCCAUCGUGUGGCAGCUGCUGUGCAGCGCGGCCGAGCUGCCGCUCAAGGCGCAGUACUCGGAGCUGCUGCGGAUGUCGUCGCCCUGCGAGCGCCUGAUCCGCCGCGACAUCGCCCGCACCUACCCCGAGCACGACUUCUUCAAGGGCCAGGACAGCCUGGGCCAGGAGGUGCUCUUCAACGUCAUGAAGGCCUAUUCUCUGGUGGAUCGCGAGGUCGGUUACUGCCAGGGCAGCGCCUUCAUCGUGGGACUGCUGCUCAUGCAGAUGCCCGAGGAGGAGGCGUUCAGCGUCUUCGUGCGCCUCAUGCAGCAGUACCGCCUGCGCGAGCUCUUCAAGCCCAGCAUGGCCGAGCUGGGGCUCUGCAUCUACCAGUUCGAGUUCCUGCUGCAGGAGCAGCUGCCGGAGCUGAACGUGCACUUCCGCUCGCAGAGCUUCCUCACCUCCAUGUACGCCUCGUCCUGGUUCCUCACGCUCUUCCUCACCACCUUCCCCCUGCCCGUGGCCACGCGCGUCUUCGACAUCUUCAUGUACGAGGGGCUGGAGAUCGUGUUCCGCGUGGGGAUGGCCCUGCUGCAGUUCAACCAGGCCGAGCUGGUGCAGCUGGACAUGGAGGGCAUGUCCCAGUACUUCCAGAAGGUGAUCCCGCACCAGUUCGACUCGUGCCCGGACCAGCUGAUCCUGCGCGCCUGCCAGGUCAAGUACAACCCCCGCAGGAUGAAGAGGCUGGAGAAGGAAUACGCCGCCCUCAAGAGCAAAGAGAUGGAGGAGCAGAUCGAGAUCAAGCGGCUCCGCUCCGAGAAUCGGCUCCUGAAGCAGCGAAUCGAGACCCUGGAGAAGGAGAGCGCGGCCCUGGCCGAUCGCCUCAUCCAGGGCCAGGUGACGCGGGCGCAGGAGGCCGAGGAGAACGACGUCAUCCGGCGGGAGCUGGCGCUGGUGCGGCAACGCUGCAGCUCGGCCACCGAGAGCCUGAGACGGGCACAGAGCACCAUCAGAGAGCUCCAGGGUAACCCCCGUCUGAGCGAGGAGUUCGUGGCGCACCUGGAGACGGAGCUGGAGCGGUCGCGGCUGCGCGAGAGCGAAACCCUGGGCGCCCUCAAGGAGAUGCAGGACAAGGUCCUGGACAUGGAGAAGCGGCAGCCGCUGCUGCCGGACGAGUCCAGCGUGGUUCGGCUGCAGGAGGAGCUGCAGGAGCUGGCACUGAGUGACAUCGGGGACAGCUGGCAGGUGUGCGGGGGCCGCUGGAAGGAGCCGCGGGCGCUGCACGAGGCCGUGCUGGGGGUGCAGCUCCGAGAGAGCCAGGCCCAGGUGGAGCUGAGAGCGCUGAGACAGCGAGUGCUGCACCUGGAGACACAGGGGCGGAUCCAGCGGUCGGUGCUGGGCCGGGCCGAGCAGGCCUGCGCCGGCCUGCGGGAGCAGCUCCGCGCCGCGGCUGCCCAGAGCCAGGGGCUGCAGGCCCAGCUCAGCGAGAGCCACCGCAAACACGCCGAGGCACAGUGCAAGAGCAAGGAGGAGGUGAUGGCCGUGCGGCUGCGCGAGGCCGACAGCAUGGCCGCCCUGGCCGAGAUGCGGCAACGCGUGGCAGAGCUGGAGAUCCAGCGGGAGGAGGGGCGCCUGCAGGGCCAGCUGGAGCACUCGGACGCGGCGCAGUACAUCCGGCACCUGCAGGGACACAUCCGGCAGCUCAAGGCCGAGAUCCGGCUGCUGCGGGGGCCGCUGUCCUUCGGCGCGGUGGCCUUGGGGACACGCCUGGGGGACGAGGACUCGCUGGGCUCCUCGGACGAGGAGCUGCCACCGCCCUUCGCCCUGACCCCAGGGGACAUCGGGGACACCGGGGACACCGGGGACAGCAGUGACAGCGAGCCCGAGGUGGCACCUACGGCACCGUGACACACAGGGGACAUCGGGGACACUGGGGACAGCAGCGACAGCGAGUCCGAGGUGGCACCAAUGGCACCGUGACACACAGGGGACAUCGGGGACACCAGGGACAGCAGCCACAGCCAGAGGUGGCACCGACGGCACCGUGACACACUGGGGACAUCGGGGACACCGGGGACACCGGGGACAGCAGUGACAGCGAGCCCGAGGUGGCACCCACGGCACCCUGACACACUGGGGACAUCGGGGACACCGGGGACAGCAGCCACAGCCAGAGGUGGCACCCACGGCACCGUGACCCACUGGGGACAUCGGGGACACCGGGGACAGCAGCCACAGCCAGAGGUGGCACCGACGGCACCGUGACACACUGGGGACAUCGGGGACACUGGGGACAUCGGGGACAGCAACGACAGCAGCGACAGCGAGCCCAAGGUGGCACCGACGGCACUGUGACCCACAGGGGACACCAGGGACAGCAGUGACAGCCCGAGGUGGCACCCACAGCACCCUGACACACUGGGGACAUCGGGGACAUUGGGGACAGCAGUGACAGCCCGAGGUGGCACCGAUGGCACCGUGACACACAGGAGACACUGGGGACACCGGGGACAGCAGCGACACUGAACCCGAGGUGGCACCCACGGCACCGUGACACACAGGGGACAUCGGGGACAGUCCGAGGUGCCACCACAAGGACACUGGGGACAGACCAGGGGACAGUGGGACACCUGUGGCACCCCGGGGACACCAGGGGACACUGAGGGACACCAAGGACACUGAGGGGACACCUGUGACAAGCAGGGGACACUGUGGGGCAUGCAGGGGACAUUGGGUGACACCAGGGGACACAAAGGGACAUUCAGGGGACACCCAAAGGGCUCUGAGGGACACCCAGGGGACCCUGAGGGGCACGUGUGACACCUGAGGGACACCAAGGGAGACCCAGGGACCCCGAGGGACACCUGUGACACCUCAGGGACACCCAGGGACACCUGAGGGACACUAAGGAACACCCAGGGGACACCAAGGGACAGCCCUGACCUGGCUGAUCCCGGACGUGGAGAGAUCCCGGGACAGGGACAGGGACAGGGAUGGGACAGAGACACACCUGGGACAGGGAUGGGACAGAGACACACCAGGGACAGGGACAGGGACACACCUGGGACAGGGAUAGAGACACACCUGGGACAGGGACAGGGACACACCAGGGACAGGGACAGGGACAGGGACGGGGACACACCUGGGACAGGGAUGGGACAGAGACACACCUGGGACAGGGACAGGGAUGGGGACAGGGACACACCAGG